UGCAUACACAACACUUGAUGCACCACUUACAACAUUUCACAAACCGUUGCAAAAAGUCAAAAGAUUGAUUGACUUCCCAAUAUUUGGCAAAACCUGCACCUUCAUCUCCAAUUCUAAUUCUCUAUGUGUGUCACAAUUAUGCAGAUUCAGUAUAUUCCUUCUUCUUCCUCCUUCCAUCACAUUAACACCCAUCGUAACCCUAUAAUCAAUUCAUCAUGGACUUAUGGAUCUCAUCAAACACGAACUGCAACCCCAUUUUACCGCCACAGAUCCAACAUCAGUUACCAUUAUGCAUAUACCACAUGUCAAUUUCAAGGAGAAAAUUCACAACUAAAAGGAACUUUAAAGAAACAGAGUAAAGUGGAUCCGAUUGCAGUUUCCGGUACCAAAAAGGGUACUGUCGCCGGAGCGGUGGCUCUGAUCAUCGGAACAAGUAUCGGCACCGGAAUUCUUGCUCUUCCCCAGAAAACUUCCCCUGUGGGGCUGGUUCCAAGUUCAAUAUCAUUGACUUUGUGUUGGGGAUUUCUCUUGAUUGAAGCAUUGUUACUAGUGGAAAUCAAUGUGGGACUUCUUAAAAAGAAGAAAAAGAGAGUGGGCAAUGAGAAUGAACUUGAAGUGAUUUCCAUUAGAACCAUGGCUCAAGAGACACUAGGGGAACUUGGUGGAACUUUAGCCACUUUGACCUAUGUGUUCUUGGGGUACACUUCAAUCAUUGCUUAUGCUGCAAAAUCUGGUGAAAUUCUUUACCAUUUGAUUAACAUUCCGGAAUCGCUUUCCGGGGUUUUCUUCACAUUGCUGUUUGCGAUUCUUGUAUCCGUUGGAGGUACGCGCACCACGGAUCGAGUGAAUCAGGUUCUUACAGUCUCCAUGAUAGGGUUGUUAGUGGGAAUUGAGGUUCUAGCAAUCUUGCUUGGAGGGUGGUCAGGGUUUGAGGGCAAUGGUGAUUGGACAAAAGUUCCGGCGACUGUUCCGGUAAUGAUAUUUUCUUUGGUUUAUCAUGAUCUAGCUCCAGUUCUUUGCGCGUAUUUGGGAGGUGAUAUCGGACGUAUACGGACCUCAGUUAUUCUUGGCAGCGUUGUACCUUUGAUAGGCCUCUUGGUGUGGAACGCUAUAGCUCUUAGUUUCUCGAGCCACGCCGAAUCACUCAUUGAUCCUGUCGAGUUGCUUAUGAGGCAAAAAUGGAAUGGAGGUGAGAUUAUGGUAGAGGCAUUUUCACUUCUAGCAGUAGGAACAUCACUAAUAGGGACUCUUUUAAGCUUCUCUCAAUUUUUUAGAGAGCAAAUAGUCAACAAUUUGACUUGGGAUUCUUCUUCACUAUCACAGAAAUCAAGAAUGGUAGAAAAAUGGUGGGUGAGAAACAGAACAGGUUUCACCGCCACAGCUAUGGUCGUUGGUCCUUCUCUUUUCGUAUCCACUACUGUUCCAGACGCGUUCUCUUCCGCUACAGACAUUGCUGGAGGGUAUUGCAUGACGAUGUUGUACGGAGUACUUCCACCGGCAAUGGCAUGGGCUAUGCAUACUGCAGAGAAAAAUGAUGGUCGAAAAGGGAUAUCAAGAGCCAAACCGAUCUUACUCGGGGUAGGAUUAUUCGCUUGUGGGAUCAUUUUGGAUCAGAUGUUUCAAGAUAUCUCAAUCUUUCACUCCUAAAGAGGAAUUUGGUAAUUAGAAUAGUGUUGGUUUUGUAUAUAGUCCCUUAUUUACACAUAAUAGUAUAUUUAAUUAUUUAUAUGCUAA